GCAUCCACCUGUCAUUUCUGUGUAGGAGCUGCUCAUUCGGCAUGAUAUUCAAAAGGCAACUUGAUCAUGAGGACAUGCAUCCAACUAACAUCUCUCUCAGGAACAAAUGCACCGCCAAAAAUAUCAAUAAAAGACUUCUUCAUUCAUCCCUGCAUCCUUUCCCUCUCCAAUCCCAAGAGCACUUCCCUCCUAUGAGAGGACACCAUUAGACCUGCUACAAGCCAGUGCUUCUGAUGCUAACAUUGGCAGUUUUGGCCAGAAGCAUGGGGGAGUGGAAGGGAGUACCAAUGCUCUUGAUCCUCUUCAUCCUUUCCAUCACCCAUGUAACCACCACCAAUGCAACUGCAUCAAAAUUAAAUCGGUUCGUACCUCAAGACAACUACCUCCUCAGUUGUGGGGCUUCUGCUGCUGUGAAGCUUGAUGAUGGCAGGGCAUUCCGCUCUGAUCCCGACUCAGUAUCGUUUCUAUCAACCCCGGCGGACAUCAAGAUCGCUGCGAAAACCUCCCUUGCUGCUGCUUCACCAUUAUCGCCACUCUACCUCGCCGCAAGAGUAUUCUCUGAAAUUUCAACCUAUAGCUUCUUCAUCUCCCAGCCUGGUCGCCACUGGAUCCGCCUCUACUUCUCGCCUAUUCCUGACAGCCAAUACAACCUCACCACUGCAACAUUUUCGGUGUCCACUGAUAACAUGGUUCUUCUCCAUGAUUUCUCCUUCAUAGCCAAUCCUCCUAACCCUGUAGUUAGGGAGUAUCUAGUGUUAGCACAGGGAGACAACUUAAAGAUCAUUUUUACCCCCAAAAAAAACUCGAUGGCAUUCAUCAAUGCCAUUGAGGUCGUGUCAGCCCCACCAAACCUUAUUCCAAAUACCACCACCAGACUCGGUCCUCAGGACCAAUUUGACAUAUCCAACAAUGCGUUGCAGGUUGUCUACAGGUUGAACAUGGGCGGUGCAUUGGUUACAUCGUUCAAUGACACACUAGGCAGAACAUGGCUGCCAGAUGCACCAUUUCUGAAGCUUGAGGCGACGGCAGAGGCAGCCUGGGUUCCUCCUGGAACCAUCAAGUACCCUGAUGACAACACUAUCACACCUCUCAUUGCUCCAGCAAGCAUCUACUCAACAGCACAGCAGAUGGCCUCAACAAAUACCACAAAUGCAAGAUUCAACAUCACAUGGCAAAUGGUGGCCGAGCCAGGAUUCAGGUACCUUAUCCGCCUACAUUUCAGCGACAUUGUCAGCAAGGCACUCAAUAGCCUUUUCUUCAAUGUCUACGUUAAUGGCAUGAUGGGUGUCGCCAACCUUGAUCUAUCAAGCCUGACAAUGGGCCUUGCAGUGGCCUACUAUAAAGACUUGAUUGUUGAAUCUUCCAGCAUCAUCAAUUCCACCCUAGUAGUCCAGGUUGGCCUAGGCAAAACCGACUCCGGUGACCCCAAUGCCAUCCUUAAUGGCCUUGAGAUCAUGAAGAUAAGUAAUGAAGCAAGCAGCUUAGAUGGCCUCUUUUCACCACAAACAAGCUCGCAAGUUGGUAAGAGGACACUGACUGGUAUAGCAAUUGCUUUGGCAGUGACAGCUGCAUUGGCAGUAGUGAUAUGCUUCAGGCGAAGCCGUAAACCAGCAUGGCAGAAGACUAACAGCUUCCACUCUUGGUUUCUUCCACUCAACUCAUCCCACUCAAGCUUCAUGAGCAGCUGCAGCAAGCUCUCCAGAAGUCGCUUUGGCUCCACAAGGACCAAGAGUGGAUUUUCAAGCGUGUUUGCAUCCAGCGCUUAUGGAUUGGGACGCUAUUUCACCUUUGUCGAAAUUCAGAAAGCCACUAAAAACUUUGAAGAAAAGGGUGUUCUAGGUGUUGGUGGCUUUGGAAAAGUUUAUCUUGGUAGUACUGAGGAUGGAACAAAGCUGGCUAUCAAGCGAGGCAAUCCAUCAUCUGAUCAAGGUAUGAACGAGUUCCUGACUGAAAUUCAAAUGUUAUCAAAACUUCGCCACCGCCACCUGGUUUCACUCAUUGGUUGUUGUGAUGAGAACAAAGAGAUGAUCUUGGUUUAUGAGUUCAUGUCAAAUGGUCCACUAAGGGAUCAUCUGUAUGGUGACCCAAACAUCAAGCCUCUGUCUUGGAAGCAGCGCCUCGAAGUUUGCAUUGGGGCAGCAAAGGGUCUGCAUUAUCUUCAUACAGGCUCAGCUCAGGGCAUAAUUCACCGUGAUGUCAAGACUACCAACAUCCUCCUUGAUGAAAAUUUUGUGGCCAAGGUCGCUGAUUUUGGCCUAUCAAAAGAUGCUCCAUCGCUCGAACAGACUCAUGUCAGCACUGUAGUCAAAGGAAGCUUUGGGUAUCUUGAUCCAGAGUACUUCAGACGUCAACAGCUGACAGAUAAGUCUGAUGUGUACUCUUUCGGGGUGGUACUCUUUGAAGUGCUGUGUGCAAGACCAGCCAUCAAUCCAGCCCUUCCAAGAGACCAGGUGAGCCUGGCAGAGUGGGCCCGUACAUGGCACCGCAAGGGGGACCUUAGCAAAAUAAUCGAUCCUCAUAUUGCAGCACAAAUCAGGCCUGAUUCACUCGAGAUGUUUGCUGAGGCUGCUGAUAAAUGCCUUGCUGACUAUGGAGUCGACCGUCCAUCAAUGGGAGACGUGUUGUGGAAACUUGAAUUCGCCUUGCAACUUCAGCAGAAGGGUGAUGUUGUUGAUGGCACCAGCGAUGGGGUUCCAAUGAAGAGCUUGGAGGUGUCCAACAUGGAUAGCAUGGAGAAAUCUGGUAAUGCUAUCCCAUCUUAUGUCCAAGGAAGAUGA